AUGUUAAUUUUAAGAACACAAAGAAAACGUGAUGUCCAAGGUUCAUAUAGAGCUAAGUUUGAACAAAUCAAAAUUCAAGUUGUGGACGAUAAAAACGUAUUGUCUACUUCAAUUAUCUUCUAACCUCAAUAUGAUAAAAUGUCAAUGAUAAUGAUUAGAUUAGAGGAUUAUUAUUUGGUUAGAGCAUAACAAAUUGAUGAUUUCCAUAUAUCAACUAUUCAAAAUGCAAUCCAAUGCAAAAGAUUCAAUCCUUCUUUGAUUUCGAAAGUGGCUGGACAACCCAUUAAUGUACCUAUGUUUCCCAUUUAAAAAAGUUCAAAUUCCAUUUGGGAAUCUAACAACUAGAAUUAACAAUAACAAAAUAUAUUUAAUUCAAAUGCCUCCUCCUCUCUUACUGAUAAUAGACAAUAAAAUAAUUUUUUCAGUUCAAUGAACAAUUAAAAUAAUUAGUAAUAAUAAUAAAAGUAGUAAUAUGGAAAUAUUUUUAAUGCCCCUCCAAUAAACAAUAGUAUGAACACUAAUAAUUCAGUCAAUAUAUUCUCAAAUCCUAAUCCUAGAUAGGAUCAGCAACCAUAAAACAUCUUCAAUUAAAGUUCUUUUAAUAAUAACAAACCUCAAUCUGAAUUUAAUAACUAUCAGUCAAAGGAUUUAAAUCUCCCUUGGGCUUAAUAAUAAUCACAAACUGGAAACAUAUUUUAAUAAAACAAACCCUAAUUGCAAAUCUAAAUUCCAAAUCAACACUAGUCCAAUAAUGAUACUAACUUAUUCAAUAAUUAAAGUAAUAAUAAUCAUAAUAAUAAUAAUCCUAACAUUCUUUCAAUCUUUUCGUAACCAUAACAAUAAUUCAUGAAUAACAUGUAAUAACCAUUUUAAUAAUAACAAUAAUAAAAUUCUUAAUAAUUAAUGUUCUAAUAAUAAUAAUUUUAAUAACCACAACAAAUGUACCCAUUACAAAUGCCUUAAUAACCAUUUCAACCAUUUUAAAAUGUUAAUACUAUCAACAUGUUAUCGAAUGAUUUGCAAAUGAUUUAAUACCAAAAUUAAAUGAAUCCUAUUUAAUUUAUUAAACAAUCAGUAGAUAUGAUUAACAAUUUCACAACCACAUUAAAUAAUUCUAUCUAAGAAAUGGAAAAAUUGUACAAAUUAGAAGAAGAAAAAUAUUUGGAGCAAGAAUACCUAAUCAAUUAGCUAGAAUAAAAAAAAAGAAUUGAAAGACAAAAGAAGUAGUAAGAAAUCAAUUUGUUACCAAAAAAGAAAAAUGAUUCUCACACUCUCUUUAGAACAAUGCCCUCCUCUAGCAAUCUGAAUCUAGCCAACAGUUAAAAAAGCUCAAGAAUUAGUAUUCAACAUUAAUCAUAAUCUAAUUGCGGAUUUACUACAAGCAGAAUCUCAUAAAAGUCAACUAAAUCUAAAAGAGAAUAUAUAAUUGAAAUCUAUUUCGAAGAAAGUGAGAAUUUUAUAACAUUCAAUGAAGAAUUUAAUGAUAUUAAAUCAAAAAUCGAUUUUAAAGAUAAAAUACUUCAAAAAAUAGAUUAAAUGCAAGUCUUUAAGAGUGAUAAAGCAGCUUAUUUUGAAAAAAGUGAAUUUAUAAUUGAUGAAAAUAAUAAUUAGGAUAAUCAUCAAACUCUAUCAUUUAGAAUCCUAUAAACUUAUAGACCCAUCUUAACAAAAUAAGGAUAUUACACAUUACCAGAUAUCAAUCAAUUGACAAUUAAUUAAUUAAAAAAUGUUGAAGAUUUUACAAUCUUUAAUGAAUUUGGUUCAUUGAGAUGGGAUUCUCCAACAAACUUAUUGUAUAUCAAUUUAGAUAGAAUUGUUGAUAUAUAAGAUUCAAAGGUCGAAGUGUAUGAUUUAGAUCAAAUUCAUGAAUAUCUUAAACCAAAAGUUAAUAAAAAACUUAAUAAAUCCUGUUUGAUUACUUUGAAGGUUCCAAUCACAAUAAACAAAGAUAAUUACGAGACUGAACAUAAAUUUCUACAAUAAAAAUGUAAAGAGCAGAAUAUUGAGUUGAUAGAAAUAGAUCAAAUAAAGUAAUAGUUUAUUGUUAGAGUUGAUCAUUUUUCUAUUUAUACAUUUGUACAUGAUGAAAACGAGAAAUAAUAAUAAUAAAACGAUUAUAUUAUAUCAUAAUAAUCAUCGUAUGAAUUAAAUGAUAUCAUUGUGAAUCAAAAAGCAUAGAAUUAAGAAUAAGAAAUUAAAGAGAGUUAAUAAGUAUUUUUACAAUAAGCUAAUAAAAUUUAAAAUUAAAGUAAAUAAUCUAAAAAUUAAUAUAUACAUUAAUUAAAUGAUAAAGAUUAAUAAAUAUAAAACUUGGAGAUGUUUUGUGAUACUUUGAUGCAUGAAAGUCGAAUCUUAUCGAAUUUUGAAUCAAAAAUAAGUUUUUGA